GCUGUGCGGUGCGUGCGUCUGUUCCCAUGAUGUUCCUGCCUGCCCGCAUCCGUUUCGAAUUUUGCCCGCCACCGCCGCCGCCGCCGCCGCCGUCAUCCCAUCUUUUUCGGCAUCAGGAGGUGAUCCCUUAGUUAAGCCUUUGGGGUUUCCCGAGUAGGUUUUCUCACACCCGUCAUUGGAUUAGAUUGGAUACCCGCCUUGAUUUAGAUUUUUGAUUUUGAUUAAUUUAAUUUCCAGAUUUUUUGGAUAGCAGACAGUGUUCUUCUGUUUCCCUUUUCCUGUUCUUACUUUUUUUUAUUUUUUUGAAAAAGACCUUUAGACGAAGACGAAGACGAAGGGGACAAAAAACCACCGACUCGGCUACAAGCUAGCAAUUUCACCUUUCCAUCUUCUGUUGUUGCGCAACAAAUAGCAAACACCGCAAGCAUAAAAAAAAAAAGAGGCGCCAAUUAAACUUGGCACACGAUGGCCGAUGGGGGCCGUAGAAGACGACUGGGCCUUUUUGGAUCGCCUGAGAGUGUCCAUUAUGCACUUUCUAGGCCCUGGGACGAACAUGAUUGGAGUGCGUCGGACGACAGCGUCCGCGGGGGCAAGAGCUACUCCUCCAUGGUCAUCAUCACCCACCACGAGAAGCAGCAGGAGGAGAAGACGCACUCGGGCGGCGAUGGGGCGGCCGACGUGGCCCUCUUCUCGGGUCACCUGGACAUCACGGCCCUUGGCGGCGCCGGCUUCGCCAGCCAGCGCUGCGCCGGCCGCUUCAACCUGUCCGGGUUCGAUGCCGUCGCCCUCGAGCUCCUCGUCCCCCCGUCCGCUGCCGCCGCCAACUCCCUUACCUACACGCUCGUGCUCAAGGACACGGCCCCGCUGCCCAAGCGCCCCGACGGCCGCGAGCAGAGCUCCGUCAGCUGGGAGCACGACUUUAUUGUUGCUCCCGCCGACGGCGCCGUUGCUAGUGGCGACCAACCGCUGGUCGUCGUCCUCCCCUUUGACGGGUUCAGGGCCACCUAUCGCGGGAAACCAUACGACAGCCCAGAACCUCUCGACCGCGCGUCGAUCAGGACCGUUGCAUUUAUGGUUCGCAGUUUCUUUGGCACACAGCAAGGUCCGUUUGUCGUGAAAAUCCGCUCCGUCGUAGCGGAACAGCGGCCGGGUUAAAGGUUCGUUUCCUGCUGCUGCCACUUCGCAUCUAGUCGCCGGUUGGCGAUUGCUUCGGGUAGGCGGGUCGCGGAAGCGGAUGGGUGGGUGGGUUGCGGGUGGCGGCGCCGG